AAAAGAAACAAAACUCAAUAAGGCUGGUUUUAUAAAAUUCUUUAGUUAGAUCUAGAUGCAAUGGGUUGGGAAAAUCUUGUCCGAUAGAAAUUAGAGAGGAAGAACAAGUUUAGGGGCCAAGGACUGGACUCGACUCGAGAAUUGCAAGAAAGGUCAACUUCCGAAUUUCAUUAUUAUCAUCAUGAAAGAAAGACCGAGUGAGCAAUUAACAGAUGCAAUAGCAGAUCUGCUCAUGUCCUCUCCGAAGGUUGCAGUACAAGAAAAUAUAUCUAGAGCGAUAUACUCCAUGUUCAGCCCUGGAAGAAAUUUAGGAUCGUCUUCGCAGAAACUAAGUGAAGCAAUCUGUCAGAUCCCUAGUCCUGAAGAUGGAGCUCGAAGAACUGAUCUUUCUCAGUCCCCGACAUCUUCAACACCUGAUAUCGGAACUCUGGCCGAAAUGCCCGUCGACGACACUUUACCUCCUAUAGCCGUCGGGGUGCAGACCCCGCAUGCUGCAGUUGCGACUUUAGUAAUGGACUUGUUAUUCUGGAGAAGCAUGUAUCUAAGCAUCCUUGUUCUUUUGGUGGCCACGGCAACUUGGGUAACACUCCAACUCUAUCAGUAUCACGUGGUAGAAGUUGUCUCGCGGGUGGCCAUGCUCCUUGUUACACUUAUCUUUGUUUGGGGCAAUAUUCAUAGACUCCUCAAAAAUGAGGAUCCGGACCUUUCAGGGAUCGAGAUAAGCGAGUCGCGGGCUGAAGGAAUGGCGCGUGGGAUUCGGGAAUGGAUUGACGAAGGCAUUCGAUGGCUGUUUCGGGUGGGUGUGGAAAGGGAAUGGUCUGUGUUUGGGGCAACUGUAGGUGCUCUGGGGUUACUUUCGUGGAUAGCUACCCAUUUUGAUUUGCUUACCAUUGUUUACAUGGGGGUUGUGUUGGGUAUGACUGUACCUGCAAUUUACGUUAAUCAUAAGGAGACGAUCAUAGAGUUAUGGAAUGCAAUUUACCUGCAGGGGUUGUCAGCCUGCCCUUGUAUUUGAGUCUCAAAAGCAUUACGACUUGAGUAAAGACAAGCUGGGGAGGAUAAGAAGCAAAGUGGCUGCAGGAAAGAAACAGACUGAAUUGAAACUAUUUCUUACAUAAUAUCAGCUUGUAAUGUAACAUGAAAUGAAACUAUUUCUUUGGUUGUUCCGUCAAUUUGCUGUGUGGGACUCCUGUCCCAAUUCUCAACAACCUUCUUGUUAGUUUCAAUUGGCAUUUGGUACCAGAUCCAUUGCUCAACAGAUUGAGAUUGAAUCAUGUAGGAUUAUUAAACCAAGUCUGUUUAGGAUUUAGUUUAUUGUUUAGUUGUGAUUUUCUAUUCUUAGUAUGAUUUGGUAAUUUAAAUUUCAAUUGGAUUUUGGUAUUUGGUAGUUUAUAUAUAGACCAUAGGUUUUGGUCCA